AUGAAGAAGGCAAAUAACGGCGGCUUCUGCACCACAUUUUUGGCUACCGCGUUCCAUCGAGAGUCGUUGAGUGUCAACAAGCUCAGAAGCAGAGACGAGAAAUCUUCUGAAAAGGACUUUUAUGUCUUUAAAAUUAAAUUACAUGUCAGCUGGAAUGUAAUUGUUUAUAGUUUAUAUUGCUUCUGCCUCAGAUUUUUCUGCCCUUUUGAACAUAAAUACAUGGCUGGCUGCACUGCAUUACAUCAAGCUGGAUUUGGUGUUCGAUGGUUUAAAACUUUUUUUUAUAAUUUAUGGGUUCAUGAAUCUUGCUUUUCUAGUACUAAUCCCAAAAGUUGUAAAUUUAACGAGUUUCAUGUUUCUCAUGAACCUCCAGCAAUUUUAGCAAUCUAUGUGGGUGUGGGUGUAGCAUUUUCACAUCACCACCUUAUUUUUCACGUUGUCAGUUCAAGGACAAUCGAAUUAAGCUACCUCUUUGUUACUUUGUUGUUAAUUGAAGUAAUUUUACAUGUCAUGAGAGUGCUACGCGAGAAAGAAAAAGAGAUUUUCAGGUUCAGAAGUCUUUCAUUACCUCAACAUUCCUUUGAGUCGCAGAGUAUCUCGAACAAAAGGAAUGUUUGUAUGAAGAGCAUGCACGAAUGGGAAAAGGCAAAUCAACAUCAUUCAUGA